AUGAAUCCAAACCUGUGGGUGGACGCGCAAAGCACCUGCCAGCGUGAAUGUGACGCCGACCAGGAAUGUGAGACUUAUGAAAAGUGCUGCCCUAAUGUAUGUGGGACUAAGAGCUGUGUGGCAGCGCGAUACAUGGAUGUGAAAGGAAAGAAAGGUCCGGUCGGAAUGCCAAAGGAAGCAACGUGCGACCUCUUCAUGUGCACCCAGCAAGGCUCCGAGUGCGACAUUUGGGAUGGGCAACCAAUUUGUAAAUGCAGGGAUAGGUGUGAGAAGGAACCCAGCUUUACUUGUGCCUCUGAUGGACUUACAUACUACAACAAAUGCUUUAUGGAUGCUGAAGCCUGUACCAAGGGUAUCACAUUAACUGUGGUCACCUGUAAAUAUCACCUGUCUUGGCCGCAUACAAGCCCAUUGCCUUCUGAGACAACUGCUAACCCAACCAUUCCUUCUGUUGAGAUGGCCAUCAUAAAUGUGAUUCCACCCACUUUAGUCAGCAACCCAACGCACAAGGCUGUCCAUGUAGGGGAUACUGUCAGUUUUCACUGUGACGUCACUGGCAAACCAAAACCAGAAAUAACAUGGGAGAAACAAGUAGAGGGGAAGGAAAAUCUGGUCAUGCGACCCAACCAUGUUGUUGCAAAUAUAGUGGUCACCAACAUUGCUCAGCUAGUUAUCUACAACACUCAGUUACAAGAUGCUGGUGUCUACAUGUGUACAGCUAAGAACACUGGAGGCCUCAUCAAGGUCAACUUCCCUUUGACGGUCAAAGAACAACCUGCUAAGGAAAAAUCCAACAAGACUUUUUUUCCAACUGAUGAGUGUCUGAAGCCACCGGAUAGUGAGGACUGUGGGGAAGAGCAGACUCGGUGGUACUUUGAUGCCAAGAAAAACAACUGUUUUGUUUUUGUGUAUGGUAACUGCAACAGCAACUUGAACCACUUUGAAACUUAUGAGUUGUGUAUGAUGACUUGCAUGAAUGGACCCGUCAACUUCUGCAAUUACCCUGCUCUACAAGGCCCUUGUAAGGCCUAUGAGCCAAGAUGGGCUUAUAACAAACUACUGAGCCAAUGCCAGUCCUUCAUCUAUGGUGGCUGCGGAGGCAAUGAAAAUAACUUUGAAAGCAAAGAGAUGUGUGAAGACAUGUGUCCAUUCCCCAAGAACCAGAAGUGCAAAGUGUGCAAACCUAGGCAGAAACUGGUCACUAGCUUCUGCAAAAGUGACUUUGCCAUUCUGGGGCGCAUCAUUGAGCUGACCGAAGAUCAAGAUACGGGCAAUGCCCUGGUCUCGGUUGAAGAUAUCCUGAAAGAUGAAAAAAUGGGACUUAAGUUUCUUGGAAAGCAACCGCUGGAAGUUACCCUGCUGAACAUGGACUGGAGCUGUCCGUGUCCCAAUGUGACAUCUGUUAGUGGUCGGCUCAUUAUUAUGGGUGAUGUGCAUAAUGGCAUGGCUGUCCUACAACCACACAGCUUUGUUGGCAUGUGGAGUGCUCGCCGUGUGCGUAAACUGCGUGAAGUCAUUCACAGUAAAACGUGUGAUCUUCUGAAAGAAAUUUUAAGCCAGCCGUAA